GAUUAUUGUUAUCGCUGUUUCUCAGGAUCAUCAUUCUUUACUUUAUUUAACAUUAUUUUGAGUUGAAAUUUAAUGGGUAUUUAUAAAAAUUACGAUACAAUUUGUGAGAAAUGUUUGAAUGAGACUAUUAAUGGCCAACUUAACGAAUGGCUGGAUUCAGCUGGUAUCUGUCUGAAGGCUUCCAAGUAAUUAUUGAGAAGUCUAAAGAAGCAAAAUGUUCUUUGAAAGAUGUGCAAUUGCGUUUCUUGUGCCCUGAUGACUUGGAAGAGGUGAGAGCUUUAUGUAGAGAUUGGUUCCCAAUAGAAUACCCUCAGUCCUGGUAUGAAGACAUCACAUCAUCGGAGAGAUUUUUUGCACUAGCAGCUGUAUACAAAACUCAGAUUAUUGGGCUCAUUGUAGCCGAGAUCAAACCUUACCUUAAGUUGAACGCGGAAGACCGAGGAAUACUGUCCAGAUGGUUUGCGUCAAAAGAUACCCUUGUGGCCUAUAUACUCUCCUUAGGUGUAGUCCGUUCGCAUCGGCGGUCUGGUGUCGCGACGAUGCUACUCGACGUGUUACUGAACCACUUGGCGGGUCCCGUGCCGCAGCCGCCGCACGAACAUCGGGUUAAAGCUAUAUUUUUGCACGUGUUGACUACUAAUAAAGAAGCAAUAUUGUUUUACGAAAAAAGAAGGUUUCGUCUACACUCAUUCUUGCCAUACUACUACUUAAUAGAAGGACUGCUUAAAGACGGGUUCACAUAUGUCUACUAUGUGAACGGUGGUCAUGCACCCUGGGGCCUUUACGAUUACGUCAAAUAUGUGGCAUCAGCGGCGUGGAGGGGCGGAGGCCUGUACCCGUGGUUGUGGGGGAAAUUACGCACCGGGCUCACCAUAGCGUGGCAUAGAUAGUUAAAUGACAAUAUGUGUGUUUGUUAGUGAUGGAAAACGAUUCUAUGUCAACUUAUCAGACCAUAGACAAGAUUUGGAAUGACUGGCAGGUUAGUUGUAAAUAAAUAUAAGUAUAAAAAGCUGAAUGUGGUAUAAUGGUUGCGAUGUUUUCAUCACAAUUUGACGAACGAUCAAUAAUGAGACUUUUUUUCAUUGGUCAAAGAGGCUAUUCAUUACUUUGAUUUUAUUAUGCGCAGUAUUAAAAACGACAAACGGAUGUGAAUUAAAUACAUCGUGCAGACAUAAUUCUUCUAAAGCUCUAUCCCCCAUGCUGUCUUUUUUCGCGCAAUCCUUGAAGAAUCCAUAACUCUGCACUGAAAUCUUUUUUGACAUAUCUCUCACAUUUUUUUACG